GAUGACAACUUCGCCUCCAUCGUCACCGGCGUCGAGGAGGGCCGUCUCAUCUUCGACAAUUUGAAGAAGUCCAUUGCCUACACGCUGACCAGUAACAUUCCGGAGAUUUCGCCCUUCCUCCUCUUCAUUCUGGUAGGCAUUCCGCUGCCCCUUGGAACUGUCACUAUUCUCUGCAUCGACCUCGGCACCGACAUGGUGCCCGCCAUCUCCCUCGCCUACGAGAAGGCCGAAUCAGACAUCAUGCGACGAAAGCCCCGAGACGCCCAGAAGGACAAGCUGGUCAAUGAGCGCCUCAUCUCAAUGUCCUACGGCCAGAUCGGCAUGAUGCAGGCGAGCGCCGGUUUUUUCACCUAUUUCGUCAUCAUGGCGGAGAACGGCUUCUGGCCCCGUGAUUUGCCCGGCAUUCGCGAGAAGUGGGACUCCAAGGGCUACAACGACCUGCAGGACACCUACGGGCAGGAGUGGACGUACAAUAACCGGAAGAUCCUCGAGUACACCUGCCACACGGCCUUCUUUGUCACCAUUGUCGUCGUCCAGUGGGCCGAUCUGAUCAUCUGCAAGACGCGACGAAACUCGCUGGUUCACCAGGGAAUGAACAACCACGCCCUCAACUUUGGCCUGCUCUUCGAGACGCUGCUCGCCGCCUUCCUCUCCUACGGCCCCGGCAUGGACAAGGCGCUGCGCAUGUACCCGCUGAA